AUGGAAGGUUCUCAGGUGAAUUAAGACUUAUAAAUUUUAAAGCAAAAAUCUAUUGCUCUCUCAGAAAACCUUGAAUAACUUUGGUUGGAAUUUUACCAAUAAUAAGAGACACUUAAAUUAAUUUAAUCAUAAAAUCAAUAUUUCGUCUUAAAAGAAUCAAAUAAAUUUAAAAAAGUGAUUAAAUUCGUCAUUCCAUACUUAUAAGUAUAGCAAGUGUUUGAAAUGAGAUUAUUAAACAAGGAAUAUUUAAAAAUUAUUUCUCAAUAAAAACAUAUUAUUAAUGUAAUGAUUGAUCAUCAAAUACAAAAUAAUUAGGAGAAAUUAUAUGAGUUUAAUAUUAUUGAUAAAAAUUCAAGAGAAUUAUUUAAGAAUAUUGUAAUGUUAAACUUUUAUGCUAAAAAGAUUAAAGAGUCACGACUUCCCAAUGAGUUACAAAGUGUUUUAUAAGAAAUUUCUGAUCCAACAUAAAUAUAAGCAUAUCAAAUUGCAAAAAAAAUUUAAAAUAAAAUAUCAUAAAAGAAUACUAAAUAAAAAUAAUUUAUAGAUGAUUAUUGUGAUAUAGCUUAUCAACUAUCUUUUUAAAGUAACACAAAUAUUGCUGCAGAAUUUAAAAUUUAUCGUAAGGAAAUACUGAGAUAAAAGAAUCUCAAAAAAUUACAUACAUUAAGACCUUUUGUUAAUAAUUUAUGA